AUGAAACAAAUCUAUGAAGCUGUUGAAUGUCGAUUAUAUUAUCAAGUUGCACUACAAAAUGCACGAAAAGAUUUUGAAAGAACCAAUAUGAUUAGUUGGAUCACAAGUGAAGUUAAAAAAUCAAUAGCUGCUAAAGAAGAAGAAGAUACUUUACGAGCAUGUCUUAAUCAACUUAGACAAAUUGCUUCACAAACACGAUGA